GAGGGGAGGGGGUAGAAGCUAGCCUAGCUACCACCAGCCAGAUAAACACUCAGCGGUGGCUUGCGGACUCGCAGCAGUAACAUGGCGGCACAGUUAGCCAACGCUAACGUCGUUCCACCGUCGCCUUCGCGAAGGUCAGCUCAGCCCGUGACGCACGGAAUCUAACCCAGAAGAGGACGGACGACUUGAGCACUAACACAAGUGGACGAGGCUCGGCGCUUUCCUGAUGUUGUCGUCUCGCAGCGAUGGCCUGAGGGACUCUGCGCACUGAAACCAAGGCUGAUAUGCGUUGAGGAUGAGCGGUAUCGGGGAAAACUCUUCCGACCCUGCCCGGGCAGAGUCGCGAAAACGUAAAGAAUGUUCCGCAGAACUCCUUGGACCCAGUCCCAAGCGGAGCAACGAGAAACGCAACCGCGAGCACGAGAACAAAUACAUCGAGGAGCUGGCCGAGCUGAUCUUCGCCAACUUCAACGACAUCGACAACUUCAACGUCAAGCCCGACAAAUGUGCCAUCCUGAAGGAGACGGUCAAGCAGAUCCGGCAAAUCAAGGAGCAAGAAAAAGCUGCCGCCGCCAACGAGGAGGAGGUGCAGAAGUCGGACGUUUCGUCGACGGGCCAGAGCUUGAUUGACAAGGAUGCUUUGGGACCCAUGAUGCUGGAGGCCCUGGACGGCUUCUUCUUCGUGGUGAACAUGGAGGGCAACAUCGUGUUUGUCUCGGAGAACGUGACGCAGUACCUGCACUACAACCAGGAGGAGCUGAUGAACACCAGCGUCUACAGCGUGCUGCACGUCGGAGACCACGCCGAGUUCAUCAAGAACCUGCUGCCCAAAUCCCUCGUGAACGGCGUGCCGUGGUCCAGCGAGGGUCCGAGGCGAAACAGCCACACCUUCAACUGCCGAAUGCUGGUCAACCCGCACAGUGAGAGCCCCGAGCAGGCCCACGAGCACGAGCCGCCGCAGCAGCAGAAGUACGAGACCAUGCAGUGCUUCGCCGUGUCGGAGCCCAAGUCCAUCAAGGAGGAAGGCGAUGACUUCCAGUCGUGCCUGAUCUGCGUAGCUCGCCGGGUUCCCAUGAAGGAGAGGCCCAUGUUGCCCACGCACGAGAGCUUCACCACACGCCAAGACCUACAAGGCAAGAUAACCUCACUGGACACCAGCCUGCUGCGGGCCUCCAUGAAGCCGGGCUGGGAGGACCUGGUGCGUCGUUGCAUCCAACGCUUUCACUUGCAAAACGACGGCGAGAUGUCUUUUGCCAAACGGCAUCAACAAGAAGUGCUUCGCCACGGCCAGGCGUUCAGCCCCAUCUACCGCUUCUCUCUCUCGGACGGAACCAUCGUGUCGGCCCACACCAAGAGCAAGCUGGUGCGCUCUCACGCCACCAAUGAACCUCAGCUUUACAUGUCGCUGCAUAUUCUCCAGAGGGAGCAGACGGUGUGCGGCAUGGGCCAGGACAUGGGUCCCGCUGCCCAGGCCCAGGCCGCGGGGAUGGCUCCCAAGCCUGUGAACUCCUCCACCCCCUCCAUGACUCCUCCGACCCCGGGCAGCUUGCCAGGCGCAGGACCUCAGGGCCAAGACAUCAGCAACAGCACGCCUUUCUCGCCGCCGGGCCCCGCCGGGCCCAGAGAGCCAGCGGCCAUGGGGGGACACAUGCAGGGCUACCGCUACGGUUGCCCGCCACCGCACAGCCACGCGGGGGGGAUGCAGCCACCGCAGCAGGGCCAGAACUGGAGAAUGAACAGUCCCUCCCGCGCCAGCCCCAGCCCGGUGGGCGGCCCGCAUCCGCCUCAGCAGAACUGCAUGCUUUCCCCCAGGCAUCGCGGCAGCCCCGGGGGGGCGGCCAGCCCCCGCGUCGGCCUCCACUCUCCCUCCCCAGUGGGAAUGGGCGGCGGCACGGCGGGCGGCCAUGGCAACAGCUACACCAGCAGCUCUCUGUCAGCCCUCCAGGCCCUAAGCGAGUGUCACGGAGUCGGUCACGGGCACACGCUGGGGUCUCCGGAUCGGCGGAUAGGCUCCCCGGCUAGCGCCCCUCCGGGAUCGGGGGCUCAUCCUGUGCCGAGACCCGGACCAGGCUCGUUGGACUCUUUUGAAGCGGGGCAGGGGGUCCACGGGGCGGGCCCGACGGAAAGCAACCCGGCCGACCCGAAAGAGGAGCGUGAGGAUGACGCUCACGCUCGUCUUCACGACAGCAAAGGCCAUACUAAGCUGCUGCAGCUGCUCACCACCAAACCGGAACCUCUGGAGACGCCCCUGUCCCCCAACGCGGGGGCCGAGGGGAAAGAUGGGGCCGGGGUCCGCAGCGGGCUACCCGGAGUGACUACGCAUGCCACAUCCCUCAAAGAGAAACACAAGAUUCUCCACCAGCUGCUCCAGAACAGCACGUCUCCCGUGGACCUGGCCAAGCUCACCGCCGAGGCCACCGGGAAGGAGCUGGGCCAGGAGCAGGGCCAGGGUGCUACCGGCGCAGACGGCGCCCCCAAGCAGGAGCCGCUCAGCCCCAAGAAGAAGGACAAUGCUCUGCUGCGCUACCUGCUGGACAAGGACGAUGGCGGGCUGAAGGACAAGGCGCCCAAGCUAGAGCCUGGAGAGGUCAAGGUGGAAGGGGGGGGCAAACAUCCGCUCGUCAAAACAGAAAAACCAGAUGUCGGCUACGAUCGGGCUGAACAGUCCUCGGAGCUGGACGACAUCCUGAACGACCUGCAGAAUGCCCAGCCGCAGCUGUUUUGUGAGCCGCGGCCUGUCUCGCUGCCCAGCCCCAUGGACAAGCAAAACAUCAUCAACGACAUCCUGCAGAUGUCAGAGAGCAGCCCGGCCACACCGCCGCAGCAUCCGCAGCACAAGAAUGUUACCGGUGGCAUGGGGCCCACCAAUUUCGGGGGCGUGCGGCCGGGCAGGGGCGGGCCGAUGAGGAGUGUGUCGCUGGAGAUGAGCGCCACGCCGCAGUACCCCAUGAGGACCACCAGCCCGUACGCGCUGGUUCAGCAGCAGCAGCAAAGCAUGGUGGGAGGACACGGCAUGAUGGCGAGCCAGGCCAAUAUGGUCGUCCCAGGACUCGUGGGUCCGGGCGCUACUCGGCUAGGUAUACAGCAGCAACAGCAGGAAGGCUGGGCGGGCUCAGCCUCGGUUCCGCAGCUGGCCCAGAGUCGGAUGGGCCCGGGCGGCGCUCCCAUGAGGCCAGGGCAGCCAGGACCUCGGCAAAUGCUCCAGACCUCCAUGAUGCCCAACGCCCAACUUGACAUGGACAUGAGUAUGGUCGGCCACUUCUCUCAGCAGCAGCAGCAGGCUCCGCCCAAUCAGACGGCACCUUGGCCGGACAGCAUGAUGCCCAUUGAGCAGACUGCUUUUGUCAACCAGAACAGGUCGCUGCACCCGACUCCUCAGGAGGACUUGUUGUGCAGCAUUGGCCUCGGCGAAGGGGGUCCAGUGGACGAGGGGGCCCUCAUGUCUCAGCUGUACUCAGCGCUAAAGGAUUUUGACGGCCUAGAGGAGCUGGACCGGGCGCUCGGCAUCCCCGCUCUGAUCGAACAGAAUCAGACGCUAGACCAGGACCAGUUUGCGCAGGACCCCUCCUCCAUGAUGCUGGAGCAGAAGCCCCCCAUGUACGCCCAGCAGCAGUUUGGCCCGCCCCCGUCCCACAUGGCGCAGAGGGGCUACCCUGGCGCGCCCAUGCAGGAGCCGGGCUUCCACUCGAUGGCCGGCCAGAUGCCGCCGCGUCCCGGUUACCCAAUGAUGAGGAUGCAGGCCCGGGCGGGACUCAGGCCCACCGGGGUGGUGCCCAACCAGCCCAACACGCUGCGCCUUCAGCUGCAACAUCGGCUUCAGUCACAGCAGAACCGACAGCCAAUGAUGACUCAGAUGAGUAGUGUGUCAAAUGUGAACCUACCUCUAAGAUCCAACGCUCCCAAUCAGGGGACCAUCAAUGCCCAGAUGCUGGCGCAGCGUCAACGCGAGAUGCUGAGCAACCACUUGCGACAGCGGCAGCAACAGCAGCAGCGGAGCAUGGCCAUGCGGGCGCAGGGCCUCAACCUGCCGCCCAACAUGAGCGGGCCGCGGAUCCCCCAGGCCAACCCCCAGCAGUUCCCCUACCCGCCCAGCUACGGUACCGGUACAGGCCUGGCCUCGCCACCUCCCCCUAGCAGCCCCUUCUCCUCCCCCUCGCCUCUCUCCUCCCCCAGCCUGCCGUCUCUCCCCGCCAACCCCCAGCUGCACUUGCAUGGCACCUCCUCCUCUUCCUGCUCCACCCCCUCCCCCUCUUCCCAGCAGAUGAUGAUGAUGAUGAUGGGAAACACAAACAUGAUGGGCGGACAGUACGGGACCGUACUCAGCCCCCAAAUGCAGCACAGUGCCUUUCAGUUUCCCAACUCAGGUAUGAGCCAACAGGCGGAGAGUGGUUUCGGGGGUCCCGGUGCACCGCCGAGCCCUCUGCUGUCCCCACGGGUGGCACACGCCCAGCAAUCCCCCAUGAUGCAGCAGGGCCCGGGCGGUACCCCCUUCCAGGGCUCGUCCGACAUCAAUGGCUGGACGCAGGGCAACGUGGCAGGGAGCAGUAUGUUCUCACAACAGCAGGCGUCCCCUCAGUUUAGCCAGCAGCAACAGCAGAAUAAUGGCAGCCUGUUCAACGGUGUCCCUGGCAUGGGCCAGAUGGGCGUCGCAUCCAUGUCCUCGCCCGGCUUGCCCUCCAUGGGACAAGAGCCGAAAUACUGUUAACUCGCAUUGAGUUGGACUUGAGAUGGAGCAACAACAAAACAACAAAAAGUGUACGAACGUAAGCGAGCCAACAGCCCUCAAAGAUUACGAAAUACAGUCAGGCUUCUGUCUGCAUUCACCGUAGUGUGACUUACUGUAGGCCCCCCGGGUACGAGGGGCAAACCACCUCCCCAAUCCCCUCCCACGCCCCGAUGAAUGUAUUCCUCUCAGCGGACUGCGGCUAUUUACAAUCUCAUUGUUAAUAUUUCACCCCCCCCCAAAAAAAGGAAAACCUGACUUUUGGUUUGCCUUUCUGAAGCUUUUCCUUACUGUAUGACGACAAAAAGUUUUAAAAAAGUUUAAAAUUUUUGUUUAAAAGUUUCUGAAGACAAUUCAGAAACGUUUUUGUUAGCCUGAAGGGGGGGUAGCAGGCAACACUGCAGAAGAGCGUUUUGAGGUUUAUAUAGUGUAUUAAAUUAAGUUUUAUUUUUCUGUAUAGAUUCUGUUUUACUAAGAAUAAUUCCUGUAGAUGGCUUAAUCCUUGUAGCAUCCGAGACUUUAUGAGAUUAUAUGAGCUUAUAAUUAAAAACAAAAAAGUCCAAAUCCAAUGACUUGUAUAUACCAAUAAGUGAUACCAUGGUUUUUCUAUUUAUUAGAUUUUUUUUUUUUGUCUUUUGAAGGAGGGGAGGGUCGAUGUCUGCUGACAUCAUCAUAUUUCUUUGUUUUCAGUGCAUCCGGUACAAAGCAGAGCAGGGCGGGGCGGGGCCGCGAUGUAUACAGUGUACAGAUGAUAUCGCUUCUUGCUUCUUGCCUUUAGCGCAGACCACCACCAAACGAGACCAGUCGAGUCGACACAGCCAUACAAUAACUUUUGUUCCAAAAAAAAAGUGCUUUCUAUGUUGUCUGGAGUUUGAAAACAAAAAUUGCUUCAUGCAAGCUGCUAGGUGCAUUUUUUGGUGUCAUGUAAACAAGCAAUAACUGUUUUUUGUAAUUUUUGUACAGUUUCCUAAUUGAGAAUAAGGACACCUUUUUUUGGCUGUGCGUUUGGAUGCAGUAUUAAAACACCCUUUUUCUUUUUUAAAAUGCCGUUUGUAACACUCACAUGUUUUAGAUUAUGCAGCACUGGCUCUUGACAGACAGCCAUAUUGAAAUGUCCUCAGGCAACGAUUCACCUAAAAUGGCGCGCAACUCUUUUUUUUUUUUUAUUAUUAUAUAUCUGUUAAAUUACAAAGGGUGGGGAACCUGCAAUUGUUAAAACAUUAACAUCAUUGAAACGUUAACAUCUGAACCCGCAAAAAACAAAAAAAGGCUCACACUGCAGAAUUAACAAGUGGUCCAUUCUGUUAUUUUGGUAUCGCCCCUUUCAAGCAAAACAUAUUUGCCAGUGCCUUUCACACGGAGCCCGCAAUGACGCCGGUGGCCGUUGUGAUGAUUGCGUUCAACGCAACAGGGUGGGAGAAGCGAGUCCCCCCCCCAACUCCACUUUUCUUCUCACACUGCCACCAUUCCAUUUCGUAUCACAGCACAGAACUUUGCCUGCGAACCAAAUUGCGGUAUGAGCUCCAGAUGGUGGCAGCAAAGCACCAGUUUGGUGAAAAAGAGGCCAAACUGGCAAGCAAAAAUAUUUUUUGCAAUUUUACUUGAGAAGAAAAAUAAAACCUAACGUUGCUGUUAUAAAUGUCAAUUUAUGUUUUAAGGGUGGUCCGACUUAAAUUACUUAAGUUGUGUUUAACGAUGUUGCAUACUUUUUGCCUUAGGAAAUGUCACUAGCUUAAUGCUAACGCUUAAUGCAAAACUUCAUAGACAGGCUAAUAAAUAGCGCCCACGUCGCAGUGCCCUUUAAGCAUUGGCUGUUUGAACAUAAAUAGUGGAGCAACACAAGUAUAUAGACAAUGCAGAUUUUUAGAUCUUUAUUCUCUGCAAAAAUAUUAGUGAGCAUAAUGCAGCUCGAAUGGAUUAAUUUAUUUCCAUUCAUUUCAAUGGGGAAGGGUGAUUUGAAACGUGUUACAAAUUGAUUCAAUUUGUUAGUCAAGGAGUCACUGUUCUUCCUCCAUCCCGAGUAUGUCACACAAAACACACACUGGAUCCUGUUUUUUUAAUUAUCGUAAUGUCUCUGGGAGAAACAGAAAACGGUUCCCCACCCUUCUGAUGUGCUGCGACGCUCCAUGGAGAAAAGCCAAAUAACCCUCACACACCUCAAUUGGAGUUCAGAACCUUGGUUUUGACAUGCUUCUGAUCCUAACGAUGAUGUCAGGUCAACAGGGUCCAAUCAGACGCGGCGUUUGUUGAACGUAUCGCCAACGACUUCUUCUGAAGGGCCAACCCGAUGCGACUUACGAGGCAAUCCUCAACAAGCGCUGAUUUCGAUUGUAUCAAACGAGCCUUCUUGAGCGUUUUUGUCCCUGCCCGUUGCAAAAUUAUUUCCAAAGAACGUGUGAAGAAGCCAUGUGUAGGUGCAACGAUCACUUUCCGCCCCCCCACCCCGCUCCCGAAACAGCUUUUGCUAUUUUUAAUGCCCUUUUGUAUUGUCUGCCAAUUUACUAGAGCUAAAAAAAAAAAAACUAGCAAAUAUGCCUUAGAUCUCGUCCGCUCUUGUAUAUUACGUGGCCGUGUGUAUAAGUUUGUAUAAUGACUUGUACAAAACCAACCGGGUGCGACAUCAUCAUUCACAAGGAAGCGCGAUAUGUUCAUGUAUUAUAAUAGAGUUUCUCCCAGGAACGCUUCGUUGCUUUUCCACAGCUGGUGUGUGUGCGGUUUUUCCUGCAUUGUUCACAAGAAUCACACUGUAGCCCCCCCCCCCCCCCCCUUUUUUGCAACCCAAGCGUGUGUGAGCGCGCGCGCGUGUGUGCGUGUUUUAUGCAAAGUGACACGAGAAGUUAAAAACCACGGUUAUGCAAGUUGUCAACUAUUAUGGCUUCGCUGAUGCUAUUUGCCUUGUAAAUAAAGAAUUCUGUUAUUGACAUA